AUGAAGGCUGAAUUCGGUACUGCCAAAUACCAGUCUAAACAGCUAAAGAUCUCCGGCUUGCAGAAAUUGAAAUUCUAUUGCCAAUUAUGUAAUAAGCAAUGUAGAGAUGCAAAUGGAUUCAAAAAUCACUUGAGCUCUCCCUCCCAUUUAGGAAAGUUAUCCCAAGUUUCUUCAGAUCCAAAUGAAGAUGUCAUAUCCAAGUACUCUGAACAGUUUACGUCGGACUUUCUACGGUUAUUAAAGAUGACUCAUGGUACCAAGAAAAUAAAUGCUAAUAGAUACUACCAAGAGUAUAUUCUGAAUGAUAGAAAUCAUAUCCACAUGAACGCCACUAAGUGGUCCUCACUCACUCAAUUUAUUAAGUUUUUGGGUACUAAGGGUCAUGUGAGAGUGGAGAAUGACAACCAAGAUGAUGAACUCAGUUUCACCAUUGCACUUAUAGACAGAUCUCCGGAAGCAGUCAAACGUCAAGAAGAGUUGAUGAAAAAGAAGAGAAAUGUACGAGGCGAUGAAGAAGUGACUAUGAAAAUAUUACGAAAGCAAAUGGAAUUAGGUAAAGCUAAGGACGUGGAGCAAGAAGUAAAAGAAGACGAUAUAAAGGUAAAGGCACCUAUAUCCUCGGGACCCGUGAAAUUGUUACUCACAUCAAAUCCUACGAAGAAACGAAAGCCAAUUGCAAAAGCAUUUGAAAACAGUGAUGAAGAUGAAGAGGAAGAUAACGAUGAGGAAACAAAGAAGCCCAUUAAAAAAAUCAAGAUUACGAAUGCUCAAAAUUCAAACUCAAAGUUAUUAGGAUAA